AUGAAUUUCGCGCCGUACCAGGAUGUCGACCCUGAGCGGGAAAGAGCUCUAUCGCCUCCACCUCCAAAUGGCCGAAGAUCCAAAUCUCCCCAAGUUCGAACACCACCAACACGGCCGAAUGCCUCUACCUCACCACCAAUUCUCCCACAUCCCAACGCCUUUGGAAACGACUAUCCAUCAACUGGGAACAAUGAUGGACUGGGCGACCGUGGUGUGCACUUUGACGCCUUCCAGACAAGCCUGCCUUUACGAUUGGAUUAUGAAGCGAUGCUUGCCUACAUUUUGCUUCCGCCAGCUGGACCUGUACUGCUGUUGUUGACGGAGCAUAAGAGCGACUAUGUUCGAUAUCAUGCCUGGCAAUCGAGCAUGCUCUUUACAUGCAUAUUUAUUGUCCACCUCAUUUUCUCAUGGUCUUCAGUCAUUUCAUGGAUAUUGUUUGUGGGCGACGUGGCUUUGAUCGGGUUUCUAGCCUUGCACGCGUAUCGUGAUGUCGAAACACUAGAUUACUAUGAAGUUCCCUUCUUUGGCCCUCUUGCCAAUCGAUUUGUGGAUGAUGAAUGA